CAAAGUUCGACGUGCACGACGAGUCAAACAACGUGGUUCAUCGCUGGGAAAGGUACGUGAAAUCAGUCAAAAUCUAUCUCGCCGCAAAAGGGAUAAACGCUGCUCCACGACAAAGAGCAAUAUUACUUCAUUGUGCAGGCAGCGACGUUCAAGACAUUGCUGAGAAUAACAUUACGGACACGGGAACGGACUCUGCAACUUUAACAAGGAAACUCACCGAAUAUUUCGCAGCCCAAAACAAUGUCGUCUUCGAAAGAUACCAAUUUCGCCAAUGUACACAACUAGAGGGCGAAAAAGUCGAUUCUUGGCACACCAGACUUCGCAUUGAAGCCCGAAUGUGUGAAUAUGACAACCAAACUGAUAGUAUAAUCCGAGAUCAAAUUGUCGCUUGUUGUUCUUCCACUAAACUCAGGCGUAAACUGUUGGAAACUCCAAACAUUUCCUUGCAAGAGGCACUAAAGACCGUCCGUUCACUCGAAGCCGCUGAAAUGCACGCUAAAGCCAUCGAAAAAAGCGAGAUAAGCGAAAAUAACAACCCAGAAAGCAGCUCCGAUGAACUCUCGAGUCUUCGUCAACACCGGAAGCCGAGCGACAAACGCAAAAAGGAACCGGAUUGGGUCGACCGCGCCCGGAAACAGGAACAGCAACAAACUCGGAAAUCACCGUCACAUGAGACAUGCUACCGUUCUGGCGAACUAGGACAUCGCAUAUGUGAUAAAGCCCGAGGCAAGACAUGUAGUCGUUGCGGAAGGAGAAAUCACUUCGCAAAGGCAUGCCGAAGCACCCAGGGGCCCCUGGUACGUAAUGACGAAAUGAAUGCGUUACACCGGGGGAGACUGCUGUUGAAUUUGCAAAGUAUGUUUCACGCGAUAGCAGCGAAGAGGAAAUUUUCACCCUACAAGCUCCCCACCCCGAUAUCAACAAAAACAAUGCUAGAAUGUCUCUCCCACUCAAUGGUUUUCUCGCAACAUUGCUCGUUGACUUGGGAGCCAGCAUCAACGUACUCCCCUUACAUGUAUACCAGAAAGUCAAACAACUGGGUUCCAAGCCGGAGCCUACGUCCACAUGUAUCUACCCAUACGGCAGCAGCCAACCUCUCAAGAUUUUGGGCGCGUGUCAUAUCACUGUGGAUGCAUUUGGCAAAAAGUCUUCAGUAGAAUUUGUCAUCGUCAAUCAUAAGGGCACCACUAUCCUGGGCAGAGACACGUCCAUGGAAAUGGGCAUUCUUCAUGUGGGACCACCCAAUCACCAGACGCACGGCCUGCACAGCCUAGCGUCUGAGCAGCAAAACACUGCAACCGAAAUCCACACAGAUGCAGCAGCGUCCAAAGUCACACCAGAUCCUCGUCACAGUCCCUCUCCCACAACUGAACAACAAAAUCCUAUCCUUGCACCAGAAUCAUUGCUCACGUCGCUACGACAGAAGAAUAUCCUUUCCAAGUAUCACAAGGUCUUCGAGGGACUUGGCCGCGUCAAAGGUGUUGAAGUCGAAAUACGUAUGAAAAAAGGUACCACCCUCGUUGUGCACCCCCCUUGGUUUUUUGGGGGUUAAUGUAUACUCAUAAAUCUAUAACAAUAAACCCUGUAAAGGGGUAAUUAUUUAUCUAAUUAUUUAUUUAUUUUAUUAUUUAUCACUAAUCACCUCUUAUUGCCAUACCUCCCCAUCCCUGUCUAAUUAGCUCCCUUCACCAUAUUAGGAUGCAAUCACCUUUAGUCACAUGAUCACACUAUGAUAUAAAUCCUACCCCACCCCUACCAUCACAUCAUUCAUACUCACUAUACUAUUGAGUUAGCUAAAUUUGAAAGGACUGUAUCAUUACUCUUUUCAUCAAACUAAACAAAAGAUGAACAGCAAGGUGCGUGGUGUUGGAAUGUCGCGCAAUAACAAGACAUUUGGUAGGAUAACUUUUCUUUUAACAUGUAGUAGUUUUUCAUUUCUCACUAUCUUUCCAUCUUUCCUUUUUGUUACUGUGCCAUUGCUUAUCCUAACUCCUAACCUCUCCUUCAUUCUCCUCUGCAAAUUCUACCUGCACCCCUCUUAAAAAACCCUGCUGAAGAAGACUGUUAGGUCGAAUCGCGUACAGGGUUGCCUUUCCUUUUCUCUCCUUUAUCUCUCGACUUAUCGUUUCUAAUUAACCAAUUCACCCCUCCUCAGUUCCUAUAAUCGUUAUUGCCAUAAUUCAUCACGUAUAUGCAGUUCAUACUAUUGAAGUUGAAGUAAAUAACAAUAAAUUUGAAUACUGGUCCUAUAAUUAUUUAGGUUACACAAUGUCUCACACCAGUACUUGUCCCAUUACCUAUUUACACCAAAACAAAGGCAGUUCACUUACGAGAGGCGCGGAAUAAAGAGCUCGACAUCCAAGAGUCACUUGGCAUCAUUGAGCCAGUGGAAGGCCCAACACCUAGGGUGUCACGUAUCGUGGUCGUCCCGAAGUCUACGCCAGGCGAGGUUCGGAUCACACAGGACUGGCGCAACGUCAACGCACACGUCGAACGAGAGAUCCAGCCCAUACCCACAUUUGAAGAAGCGACAGACGAAAUGAGCGGUUCUACCAUCUGGUCAAAGUUGGACAUGUUCAAGAGUUUCCGCCAAAUUGCAUUACAUCCAAACUCCAGAAAUUACGCUACCUUUUCCACAGCAAGGGGUCUUCAUCUUACGCAGAUGUACACUCUGGUAAUGGGAUUCACCAAUGCUUCAGAAAUCCUCCUACGAGUAAUGAGCAUGGUAUUGUCAGGUAUGCCCGGUGUAAGAUGGAUUCACGAUGACAUAACCAUCUACGGUCGCACGGUACGAGAGCACAACAAGCGUCAUGCCGCAUGCCUUCACCGACUGCAGCAAUAUAACAUCACCCUCAACAAGUCAAAGUGCAUUUUUGGGGUCGACAAAGUCACUUUCAUGGCCAUGCAGCUAUCCUCCAAGGGCAUCCAACCUUCUCAACAGAAGGUUGACGCAGUUAAGUACUUUAAAACCCCCAGCAACGUAUCCGAAGUGAAGAGCUUUCUCGGUUUCAUUAACUUUCUCGCUCGAUUCACGCCCAACAUUGCCACGGAAGCGGAACCCCUCCGACGCCUCACACGCUCAGGUAAUAAGUGGAUCUGGGGACCAGAUCAGCAGAAAUCCUUCCAAGGCCUGAAGAACAGCAUCUCGCGGGCCUCAUUCUUUGUCUUCUUCCACAAAGAUUGUAAAACUGAGCUUCGAGUAGAUGCCUCGCCUGUGGGACUGGGAGCCAUUCUGUGUCAAAUCCAGGGAGAUGGAACUUCGCGACCAGUUGCCUACGCUAGCCGGUCACUAAGCGAUGUCGAGCGACGCUACAGCCAGUUCGAAAGGGAAGCACUUGCCGUCAAAUUCGGCUGUUUGAAGUUCGACCACUGACUCAGCGGCGAGCCAGAUUUCACCAUCAUAACCGACCACAAGCCACUGCUUGGUCUCUACAAGCCCGGGUCCCGACCUCCUCCACGCAUCGAGCGUUGGGCGCAGGGCAUUCAACAUCUCAAUUUUCGACUUCGUAACGAACCGGGUCCAAAGAACGCAGCCGAUGUUUUUUCACGACAGCCGACUCCACCCCGUGCUAACGUCAAUCCCAGCGAACACGCGGAUACCAGAAUGAUUAAUGCUAUCACCACAGCGUCUCUUCCACGAGCCUGCACCAUCGAACAAGUAAAAGAAGCCACAGCGAAGGACGCGAAGCUUCAAACAGUCCUCAAGUCUUUCCAGUCAGGCACCUGGAACAAAGACCUUGGUCUCUUUUUUAGCCAUCGAAACGAAUUUUCCUUCUCUGACGGGGUCUUGUUCAGAAAUAACCGCAUAGUUAUCCCUCGGUCCCUACAACAAAGAGUUCUCGAGCUUGCUCACCAGGGGCACCAAGGCGUAGCCAAGACGAAAGCCCGUUUGCGUACUAAGGUAUGGUGGCCGGGAAUGUCAACGAAGGCGGAAACAUUCGUGAACCGGUGCCAGCCUUGUCUUGUAGCGACUGAGCCAACAAAACCUAGUUUCACCCCACUGAAACCCACCACCCUCCCAAAAGCAGCCUGGUUAUUGAUAGGGAUGGAUUUCGUAGGCCCAUUUCCCACCGGAGAAAACCUAUUGGUGCUAGUAGACUAUUAUAGUUGAUAUCCUGAAGUAGAAAUCAUGAAGCAUAUCACGACUGCUGCCAUGGAACCGCGCCUUCAUCGAAUUUUUGCCCGCUACGGAGUACACCAGGAAAUUGUCACGGACAAUGCCAAAAUGUUCCGGUCAUCCAGGUUCUCUAACCGUAUGAGAGAAUUUGGUAUUAAGCACACAGGCCUUAAAAUAUUGGUCGGUCACGGACAUUGUCCGACCCGUUCGCGAAAUUGUCCGACGUAGAGAAGAAACCACCGGACAUUCUGUCCGACCAAAGUGAAACUGAGGUUUAUUGCUUGUCCGACCCAAGUGUAUUGGUGUCCGACCGAACUGUAGCUUUGUCCGACGUAAAUCAAAAUGUACCCUAGCCCAGGACUAGAGACUUGUCAGAGUACUAUCGUAUUCAUGUAUAAAAGGUGAACUGGAAAUGUUGUUUUAACGUAGUCGAGCGCGGUGUGGCAAGCGAAAUGGUGAAGAGGAAAACGGGCUUAAGUUGUCGAAGCCUUUUUUAAUACUGCUGUUCUGGCAAGCAAGUUAAUUUUGGCUUGGAAAUAAAUAUGAAAGAAACAAAGUAUUUAAUAUCUCUACAACAUUUACCGUUUAUUCAUUUGUGUCAUUCAGACUUAUUUCCGAGUCAAAACUGAACUGAAGGUCAUCGGACAUAUGUCCGACCCAAACUCAACGUCAUCGGACAUUUUGUCUGACGGCCCUGGCAAAAAUAUUUUAAGGCCUGAGCACAAAAAAAUAACUCCCCGGUAUCCACGUGCGAAUGGCGAAGCAGAACGGCUCAACCGCAGUAUCAACAAAGGGGUCGAAACCGCAAUAGCCGAGUCACGGGACUGGCGUAAGGCCAUCGAUGCUUGGUGGUUGGCUUAUCGUACCACGCCCCAUACGGUCACCGGUCAGCCACCAGCAGCCAUGAUGUUCGGACGAAACGUCAACGACAAGCAUCCAUCACUACAGCCGUCAGCGCUCAUAAACAUCAACCGUAGGUCAUCGUCAGCGCUCAUAAACAUCAACCGACAGCACGACGCCAACAACAAGCAAAAGGGGAAGUGCUACCACGACAUUAAGAAGAAAGUGCAGCCCAGCUCAAUUAAAGUCGGCGAUCAGGUCGUUAUCCGUUCGGAAAAGAAAGGCAAAGUAGCACUACCGUGGCGUGCCAAUACGUUUCGUGUCACCGCCUUCAAGGGCGACUCCAUCCUAAUCGACGAUGGAAAUUACCGCCUCAUGCGCCACUCUACGGCUGUUAAGAAAGUGCCAAUAACCGUUACAACUGCCCCAGAUGUUGCGACAACACCUCCAGAAACAAUUGUUGCUGAACGACCUCGUCGCUCUAUAAAACGACAACCAGACUAUUACGGUUAUAGUUCUACCGCAUGAUAGGUUUCUAAUCCAUGAAGGGGUGAACCGUAGUGACUGACAAUGAUCGCUGACCACAUGGACUGUGUUAUGGGAGAAAGGACAUGUGUUAGGAAAACGAUCGAACAGACUAGAAAGUUAUUGUAAAGUUUAUAUUCACGUUAUGUUUCAUUAUAAUGUUCUAUGCAUGAAAUAAAGGACACAACACUCGUUCCCAGGGGUUUCGUAUGACGACGAGGGAAGAAACGAGAAAGCCCUGGUCUGGGCCGGUCACGUGACUACCCAAAAAAUGGCAGUAUUUGACAGCUAAUCGUCAAGAAGUGACGAGAUAUUCUUUGAUGAAAUAUACAAGUCUUCGAAACAAAUAAACAGCCAAAAGACUUCUCAAUUGAUAUUAUUUAUGUGUAGCGAAGUUUGGCACGAAUCAGCUGAAAUCUCUGAAGACCCCGUCUAUGUUUUCUAAGAUAUACCGAUAUUUCUGGAGAUUUUCAUCCACAAACAAAGCUGCAUCCAAGCUGCAUCUAGGCGUCUCCAUGCAAGUGGUGAUUCACACGAAAUUGCUUCCUCUCUCGUCUUGAACAAUAUGGCUAUUGCCUUUAAUAUUUAGCGGUUUGGUUUAAAUAAAUAAUUAUGCUCUUAUUGAUCUGACUUAGUUCGAUAUAAAUAAGGCCAAUGAAAAUUGAUAUUAUGUUUCUCGUCCACAAUUUUCAAAAAUUUCGAGCGGGAUUUUCCAUUUUUCAUUAUUUUUUGUAUUUGAAUUCUGCUUGUCAAUAAUUUUCUUGACCCAUAAAAAUAUGAAGUAAAUCGGUGCAUAAUUAAUUUUAAUUUAAUACGUCCUACCCUACAGUAUAUUUCUACACAUACCAGGGCUGACAUGAAAAAUAGAGGCAUUCUGGCGAGUAACGACUUUAGAAAGAUAAAAUUUGAGUUGCGCUUGCGGAAUGCAGCAAUAAGACUUUGAUCUGGAGAUCAAUUUGAUGUUUUGUUAAGCCUAUUUUUCAAAAAUAAUGAAUAAUGAAAAAUUUUCGUGCGGCAGAUAAAUCCCAUGCGGGCGGGGACGAGAAACAUGAUAUCAAUUUUUAUUGGCCUAAACACAAUUAUAAAACCUCGCGUAACCUGUUUACGCUGUACAGGAAUAUACGGAUUCGCUUGUUUUGCCGGACACCAACACUUGCGGUUCAGGAGCAAUGCUUGCCUACAAAUUUUUAUCCUCUUCACAAUCUUUGUUUUAUUUUAUCGUAUAAUCACAAUUUUCAUGUAUUCGGGGUAUUCGGCUGAAACUGUAAAACUCGGUGGCGUAACGAAUCUUGUAGAGACUACAUCGACCUAGGCGAGAGCUAUUAAGUAAACAGGGCCUAAAUUAAUUUAGUAGUUUCAUUUAAUUGUUUGUCUUGCUUUUAUUUGUCAGUAUAGAAUAUUGUAAAUUAAAAUAUUACUACAGUGCAAUACGCGUAAUAUUUCAUCAGACAUCUACGUACAGCUUACUAAAUAAUAGUAGACGGGAAAACUACAGCUUACUAAAUAAUAGUAGACGUUUCUUGUUUUGUCAGGAAACAUCACAGCUCACGUCGACACGGCUUUUGAGUUUUGUAACCUGCCAAGGCGAAAGUAAAUCUUGCAGUCGAGAAUACGUCUUACUUUGAAAGAUUAUUUUGCAAAACAUACUCGUACACACAAGAAUCAUAAAAAUACAAAUGUUGAAUUGUUAUUGUCAACUGUCAAGUUCAGUUAUUUUUAGACAAUUAAUAUGGUGUUAGCCAAUCAAAAUGCAAAAUUGACCGGCCCAGACCAGGACUUUCUCGUCUCUCCUCUCGUCCUCAUACGAAAGCCCUGGGAACGAGGUUGGAUAUAACUCUAUAUUUAAGUGGAUACGCGGAUACGUGGAUACGCAGUUAAGUAGUUACUUUGAGAUUAAGGUGACAGUUAGUUGGCAUUAAUAGAUUAAAUUCGCAUGCUGUAGAGAAUGAUGAUGGCUUAAGGCAAAAAUCAUGUGAAGAUUGCGGAAACAUGUAACAUCGUUCUUAGUUUUUGUCUUAGUGUUCCUAGAAAUUUAGGUUAAACUUCUGCUGCAACAGCCUUGCUCAUUGUUUAUAAAAGCACUUGCAAAAUCCAGGGCAUAUUUUAACAUACAAGCUGAGGAGGGGAGAAAUGCCCCAGUCACCUUUGUGGGAGCAAAACGUGAGUUCGUGGGGGAGUACCCAAACCUCCAGGAUAAGUCCCUUUUUCCUAAGUUUAUACAAACAACCAGCGAAGAAUGACAAAUAGAUAAACGGAAAGUUAGUUUUAAGCUUUAUCCUUUGUCCUUGUUUAACAAAAUCGAUUUAAAUUGUUACGUUUUCUACCACUAAGUAAUGAUAAAUUAUUGUUUAUAUAUAUAUUUUAUUUUUUGUGCGUUUUUUCCUUCUUUUAUUUCAAAUACAAGUAUAGAUAGCAUAAAUUUUAAAGCAAAUUAAGAUUAAGCAUUUCCGCGCUUCCAAUUUCAAAAUUUCUCUCGGGGAUUAAUGUGGCUAGACCCCCCGGGAUUCAUGCGUAGUAUGUCGGCCACAUCGCUAUCCCCUACUAAUAUAUUACUUAAUAGAAAGGCCCAUUUCAAAAAAUAGCCAACUUAAAUGUAAAUAGCUUAAUGAAACAUCUGGAUGAAAUUCGCUUCAUCCUUAACAAUAACGCCCUUGACAUUCUUGCAAUUAAUGAGUCCAAAAUUGAAAAUCAGAUUUCAAAUAAUGAGAUACAUAUUGAUGGUUUUAAUAUAAUUCGUAAAGAUCGAAAUAGGUUUGGUGGAGGUGUGGUUCUAUAUGUUCGCCAAAACAUAUCAUUCUCAGACAGAAUAGAUCUAAUCCCUGAUGAACUUGAAAUGGUCUGCAUUGAAUUAAAUUUACCCUACAAUAAAUCACUGCUAAUAAGCACAUGGUAUAGACCACCAAAUUCUCAUAUGAAUAUAUUUGAUUACUGGGCAAGCUUUUUAGCAAAAUGUGAUAAUGAAGAUAAGGAGCUAAUCCUCAUAGGAGAUCUAAAUUGUGAUGUCAGUAAAACUAUACCUGACCCUCACACAUGUAAGUUGCAAUUUUUAUGUUCUCUGUAUCAGAUAGACCAACUUAUUAAAGAAUCUACAAGGCUAACUCCUAAAUCAGCUACACUAAUUGAUUUAAUAUUAACAAAUAGACCAGAAAAUAUUUCCAGAUCAGGUGUGAUCAUUCACCUGGGAAUUUCAGAUCACAGCCUUGUCUACGCUGUGAGAAAAUUUACACUACCGAAAGGAAGGCAAAAAAUUCGUCAGGUUCGUAACUUUAAAAACUUUGUCGAAAAUGAUUUCACUCGGGAUGUGUCUCAAUUGUCUUGGGAGAUGGUCUAUCAGUUUGGAGAUCCCAAUUUAUGUUGGCAAGUCUGGAAAUCACUAUUAUUAGAUGCACUUAAUAGACAUGCCCCUCUGCGCCACAAGCGAAUAACGAAUAACCCUGUCCCAUGGAUUAAUCCUCAAAUUAAAGAACUUAUGAGAAAAAGGGACUAUCACAAAAAAAAGGCCAUAAAAUAUGAUUCGGAGUCACAGUGGGAAUUGUAUAAAACACUACGUAAUGAAGUAAAUAUAAACAUGCGGAAAGCAAAAUCUAAGUACUUUUGUGAUAAAAUCCAGGCAAGCUCUCAAAUGGGAGACAGUAAAAGCGGAUGGGCUUGGAUAAAUUCGCUCUUAGGAAGAAAGCAUAAGAAUGCAAAUAUUAAUGAACUGAAAGUAAAUGAUGAUAUUAUUUCUGAUGAUAAAUCUAUUACUGAAACAUUAAAUGAAUAUUUUAUAAAUAUUGGAAUGAAGAUGGCUGCUGAAUCAGCAUGUCAAAGCACUGAUGCUUUAAAUGAUCAAGUAAUUUAUGAAAGUACUGUGCUUCUUCCUAAAGAAAAUUUUCACUUCGCAGAUAUUACUAUAGAUAGUGUUUCCAAACGCCUACAAAAACUAAAUGUCUCAAAAGCGACAGGUAUGGAUGGAAUACCUGCGAAUAUUUUAAAACUGACAUCAACCCUUAUUGCUCCAUCUAUAACUUUUAUAUUUAACCUAUCGAUUAGAACUGGUAUUUAUAUAGAUGAGUGGAAAUUAGCUAGAGUUAUACCAAUUUACAAAUCUGAGGAUAAGCGUAAAUGCGAAAAUUAUAGACCAAUUUCAAUUCUUCCCAUAAUAAGUAAAAUAUUUGAAGGGGAAGUUUUUACUCAAAUAUAUAGCUUUUUGAAUAAACAUGCGCUUCUGUCUAAAUUUCAAUCCGGGUUUAGACCAAAACAUGGAACCUUAGGUGCUCUUAUACAAAUGUGUGAUCAAUGGCUACAAGACAUGGAUGAAGGCAAAAUAAAUGGAGUUGUUUUUCUUGAUAUAUGUAAAGCAUUUGACUCGGUGAAUCACGAGAUAUUAUUGGAGAAGCUUAAAACCCAGUUUGGAAUUCACGACAUUGAAUUAAAAUGGUUCCAAUCAUACUUAAGGAAUAGAAAGCAAGUGUGUUCUGUUAAUGAUCAAACUUCUUCUGCAAGAACAAUAAUAUGCGGAAUUCCGCAAGGAUCCAUACUUGGUCCAUUAUUGUUUUUGCUAUAUAUUAAUGAUAUGCCUGACAUUUUAGAAAGGACAACCCCAUGUCUUUAUGCCGACGACACUCAGAUAUCUUCCUCUUCGCAUGAUUACGAUACAUUGAUUGACAAUUUGAAUAUGGACCUUUCCAAUAUUCAUAAAUGGCUUGCUAAAAACAAACUAAAAUAUCAUAGGAAAAAAACAAAAGUCAUGUUUAUUGGAUCUACGCAUAAUCUAAAUCAUAAAAUAGGAAAUAGACCAAAAGUCAUGUUUAUUGGAUCUACGCAUAAUCUAAAUCAUAAAAUAGGAAAUAGACCCGUAAGUUGAGAUUAACAAAAUCCAAGUCCCACAAACCAAUACAUUUAAAUGUCUAGGUGUAAGUCUAGAUGAAAAAUUAAGUUGGGAGAAACAUAUUGAUUCUGUAUGCCAUAAGAUUAGCGCUGGAAUAGGAGCAAUUAAAAGAAUAAAACCUUAUGUUCCACAGAAAACCUUACAUGAUGUCUACAAAACGUUAAUUCAGCCUCAUUUUGAUUACUGUUCUCCCCUGUGGGAUAACUGUGGUUUGGGACUUCAAGACAAAUUGCAAAAAUUCCAAAAUCGAGCAGCAAGGGUGAUUACCGGAGCUGACUACGAUGUAAGAUCGUCUGAAGUCCUAAACAAAUUAGGCUGGGAAACCCUGGCUAGGAGACGAGAACAAAACAAGCUAGUAUUGAUGUAUAAAGUCUUGGGAAACCACACUGCGCCAAACCUUAAAGAUCUUUUUUCUCGGAGAAAUGCAUCGCAGAAUAUUUAUGAUUUACGCAAUAAUGAAACUGAUCUCUCGUUAAAAAAACCGAAAACGGAAUUUCUAAAGAAAACAUUUGGAUACAGUGGAGCAAUUCUAUGGAAUAGUCUUCCGCAAGAUGUCAAGGCGGCUGAGUCAAUUACGUCGUUUAAAACAGUGGCGAAAUUGCAUUUAAGCAGAUGAUAAGCUAAUUUCUCCAGGACCAAAUGAUGGGAGGACAAUAUAGAUUGUGGGCGGGAGGGGGGUUAGUUUUGCGUGAGGGUGGGUGGGUACUUGUUUUAGGGGGUGGAGGUUUGGGAGGAAGAUGAUAAAAUUUUAGGGUGGGAUUCUUACAUAUUUUGUUCUAUAUAUAAUUAACAUUUAGCUCUUUGUGUGUAUACGCCCUUCGUGGAAACCAGUUGUAAAUAAUUGUCGAAGUUAGCGUAUUGAAAUAAAGUUUUACAUACAUUACAUACAUACAUACAUACAAGUUUCUAGUGAGGGAAAAGUGAGCGCGCGAGGUCUGCGAGGACCCACCAUCGAAUUUUUAUCGAAUUUCUAAAGCUUUUUCAUGUGACGUCUAAUGUUACGCUUACAUUUGUUUUGGACUUUGGCCACUGUCAGUUCUAUAUUUUUUAUAAAAUUUUGGUUUCUUAGUGUGAUAAAUCUGUGUAUAUAGUCUAUAUAAUGUGGUAAAUGCACCGAGCAGAUAUGACUUGACAGACUUGAUAUGAAAUCGCACAUGUUUAAUAUCUGUCACCUCUGAUUGCCCUUUAACCCCUGGUCUUUGCUACUUCAAUCUUUGCUACUUCAAUAUAUAUUGCUUCUUGUCCUUCUUUUCAGUUCCAUUCACAGCUCACUAGUCGCUGCGAGUAAUCACUGUGCUUGAUAUAAUUUGCGCUCUUUACUGUGGUUCUAUUUGCUUUUGAUGCCCGCAGCAAUCCCUACCUUGCAGGUACCCUAGUUUAAUAUUUAGCACGCUACAUUCUCCUGUCGGCCGCCAGUUGGUCCGUACGUUAGGGUCGAAACUGCGUUUUAAAGCCUUCAAAAUAAAAUAUUUUGGGCUCAAAAUACUAUCAAGAUGAAGAGAAAAGUGAGACGAAUCGACUGGCAUACGGCCGAAAACGAGAAAACCCAACAAUUCCGAAGUUAUCAGGGAUCAAACGGACUGCAUUUUUAAUUGCUGCCGCAGCCUGAAGCGAGCGAGCAAGGCAGCAGAUCCUAAUUUUGUUUUGUGGGUCGAAAUCAAAAUUUUCUAUUUGGCGCAUUGCAUGACGGUACCAGUGAAUUUUAACCGUGGUGCAGCGCGGUCAGGCAUAACAAACAGGCAAUGUGAUCAUGUUUCAUCUUUGGUCUUCUUUUAUGGAAAGCCAUAGCUGGCUUAAAGUGAUCAAACGGCAUUUUGUUGGGUGCUUUUAGCAUUAUACGGCGGUGCUUUUGGCAUUAUACACGGUGCUUUCGCCAUUAUACGCGGUGGUUCCAGUAUUAUACGCGGUGCUUUCACCAUUUAUAUACGCGAUGCUUUUGCAAUUAUACGCAGUGGUUCGAGCACUAUAUGCGGUGCUUUUAAUAUACGCGAUGCUAGCUUUCAUUCAACAUUAUUUCCAUAUUCUUUCCAUGACAUGUAUAUGAUUUAACGAUUGCUUAAAUUUUGUAUGUGCAUGGUUGACAAAUGCUUUUUGCCUAUGGUCUGCAAGGACAAUGACAUGCUUUUCUGUGUAUAUACAUGUAAAUGAAUAUAACGCAGCGAAUGCGCCAAACAGUAUAAACGCGGCUGAAAUACGAUAUUAAAAUCUUAAAUGUGCCGUAUGAUUUAAUUAUGUUUUAGGAUUUACAAAUGCUUUGUCAUUUGUAUUUAUACUUGUACUGCAUCACAAGGCAGUACGUACUGUAAGUGAAAAAACUCCACAUGCGAGAUUGUCUUGUACAUAUUUUUGCUUUCUUUGAUAAACACUAUUAAACACGCAAAUUUUAAUUAGUGAGACGCAAUGUUAAAUGUCACCUGCAUGUCAUUGCCCUUUGAACCCCUGGUCUAAUUGGGCACUGCCUUAAUUAAUUAAAUGCAAACUUUGUGUUUUAAAAACGGGUUAGGAUAAAACGCGGAUACGGACGGACGGAUGAAUGACGGACGGACCGGACGGAUGACAUAUAUAUGUCGUUAUAUAGUCUGCGCGCAGCCGCGCAGGGUAGUUAGUGCCUUACGUCUUCGCUGGUUGUUAUACUUUAAAAUAAUUUUGUAUGUACCGAGAAAUCAAUAUUCCAAGUAUAUAAAUAUAUAAACUGGGAUGUCACACUGAUAGCUUGUUUACAUUUCCUGGAGCAUCAUGAAAUCUUAUGUUUAACCAGGGUGGUUUAACCCAUUAGCUGGCAAUGCGCCCUUCCCUUGUCGAGCGCCAGAAGAUUUUACUCGUCAGUGGUAUAGGGUACUGCCAGUAAAUGGGUUAACAAACCUAUCUGCCAAUGGCUCUUGUUAAUUCAUCAGCACAGUAAUGACCCCCUACUUUAGUAUUUACCCUGUCCAACGCCAGACGAUUUUUAAUACUCGGUCAGUGGUAGGGUACUGUCAAUAAAUGGGUUAACAAGGAUAACAAUAAUUAGCCUGCAUGGCAGGCGGUAUUUCCAGGCUUGCCCAAUUUUAGGAACCGCCUGCCAUGCAGGCUAAACAAUAAUAGGAUGUUUCUGAAGGACUCGUUCAACACCCUGUAGUUUGUCUUUUGCUGUCAAAGGCAGCAUUACUGCCCUGUGGGUAACCUAGUUUUGUUUUGUGGGUCGAAAUCAAAAUUUUCUAUUUGGCGCAUUGCAUGACGGUACAAAUGAAUUUUAACCGUGGUGCAGCGCGGUCAGGCAUAAAGCAAACAAGCGAUGUGAUCAUCUUUCAUCUUUGGUCUUCUUUUAUGGAAAGCCAUAGCUGGCUUAGAGUGAUCAAACGGCAUUUUGUUGGGUGCUUUUAGCAUUAUACGGCGGUGCUUUCGGCAUUAUACACGGUGCUUUCGCCAUUAUACGCGGUGGUUCCAGUAUUAUACGCGGUGCUUUCACCAUUUAUAUACGCGAUGCUUUUGCAAUUAUACGCAGUGGUUCGAGCACUAUAUGCGGUGCUUUUAAUAUUAUACGCGUUGCUAGCUUUCAUUCAACAUUAUUUCCAUAUUCUUUCCAUGACAUGUAUAUGAUUUAACGAUUGCUUAAAUUUGGUAUGUGCAUGGUUGACAAAUGCUUUUUGCCUAUGGUCUGCAAGGACAAUGACAUGCUUUUCUGUGUAUAUAUACGUGUAAAUGAAUAUAACACAGCGAAUGCGCCAAACAGUAUAAACGUGGCUGAAAUACGAUAUUAAAAUCUUAAAUGUGCCGUAUGAUUUAAUUAUGUUUUAGGAUUUACAAAUGCUUUGUCAUUUGUAUUUAUACUUGUACUGCAUCACAAGGCAGUACGUACUGUAAGUGAAAAAAUUCCACAUGUGAGAUUGUCUUGUAUAUAUUUUUGUAUAUAUUUUACACGCAAAUUUUAAUUAGUGAGACGCAAUGUUAAAUGUCACCUGCAUGUCAUUGUCAUUGCCCUUUAACCCCUGGUCUAAUUGGCCGCUUUUGAAAAUAUUGAUCAUGACGAACAGCACUGCCUUAGAUGCAAACUUUGUGUUUUAAAAAAGGGUUAGGAUAAAACGCGGAUACGGACGGACGGAUGAAUGAAUGACGGACGGACCGGACGGAUGAUAUAUAUAUAUAUGUCGUUAUAUAGUCUGCGCGCAGCCGCGCAGGGUAGUUAGUGCCUUACGUCUUCGCUGGCCGAGAAAUCAAUAUUCCGAGUAUAUAAAUAUAUAAACUGGGAUGUCACACUGAUAGCUUGUUUACAUUUCCUGGAGCAUCAUGAAAUCUUACGUUUAACCACGGUGGUUUAACCAUUAGCUGGCAAUGCGCCCUUCCCUUGUUGAGCGCCAGAAGAUUUUACUCGUCAGUGGUAUAGGGUACUGCCAGUAAAUGGGUUAACAAACCAAUCUGCCAAUGGCUCUUGCUAAUUCAUCAGCACAGUAAUGAUCCCACUUUAGUAUUUACCCUGUCCAACGCCAGACGUUUUUUAAUACUCAGUCAGUGGUAGGGUACUGUCAAUAAAUGGGUUAACAAGGAUAACAAUAAUUAGCCUGCAUGGCAGGCGGUAUUUCCCAGGCUUGCCCAAUUUUAGGAACCGCCUGCCAUGCAGGCUAAACAAAAAUAGGAUGUUUCUGAAGCCACUUGUUCAACACCCUGUAGUUUGUCUUUUGCUGCCAAAGGCAGCAUUACUGCCCUGUGGGUAACCUAGUAUAGAUUAUAUAUCACAUUUUAAUGUUUCUCGAUCUGACUUCGUCGUUGUUUACUCGUCAAGAGUGUAAAAUAACUCUGUCGUGUAUGCUCUAGCGUACACAGCUAUGUCAUGCACUAUAUUAUUUUUAAUUUUGAACUGUCUUCCUGUCUAAUUUUUAUAGUGUCAUAACUACGUCUAUGGAGUUGGCUCAUUUGCUACCUUAAUUUAAUGAAUUGACACAUUCUAACAAAAACGCAAGCACGUUUCUAUUCGAAUAAUUUUUAAUUUAACUCAUUUGAUUUUAUUAGCUACUGUAUAUUUUACAAGUUAUGUAUGUGAUUAAAAAAUAAUAAAUUAUCGUUUUCUUUUAAAGGCGAAGAUUCAGACAAAGAUAAUGAUGACGAAUAUGCUUUUAAAGGUGAUAUCACUGCGCUCACUUUCAAAAUUAGGAGAAAAUAUACUGUACACUUUAACAGUAAUAUACCCCUCUGAGAGCUCGCUGUUGUCAGAAUCAAUUUGAUAUAUCACAGUACUGUCACGUGACACUGGGUGAAAGAUGACAAUUUAUUAAUAGAAUUGUUUGCUGUGGAGGCAUUCAUCUUUGUGUGCAGGAAGGGAUAACAAAGAUUCACAUGAUUUUUGAUGAGGUCAUUGCUAACAGACACAGAGUAACACUGGGGGGGGGGGGAGAAAAGAAAGAAAAAGAAAGCGUCACUUAUCUUGUGUAUGUACCCAUGGAGUAAAUGAAAUACUUUUUCUUCUUUUUGCAGAUAAUUCAAGUCAUUCGGAAACAAUUCGUCAGGAUCCGGAUCUUGAGGUAAAUACGUUGACAGCUCAUAAAAUAUUCACAUAGAUCAGGGAUUUUGCCGCACACUCACCACAGUGACAGUUUACUGUAACAACUUGAAAUUUUAUAUAUUUAAAACAUCUCGUUUACAUUGCAGCCGUAUAACCACGUCCUUAUCUAUUGAUACGACUGAUACAAUCCAUUAAUUAACAAUUAUUCGCCUUAACGUUGAUUUUGAAAAUCUCUUCGCCAAUAAACUCAUAAACAUGGGUCGUUUUUUUAAGCAAUUUAAAGCACUUGUAGUCGUGCAUAUCUGAUAAAGCACGACUACAAGUGCUUGAAUCACCUCAAGCGCAGCCAAUCGACGUUCAGAAUUUUCAGUCAAUAUCCCUUAUCGCAAAUCCGCUUCCGGCUUGAUUUCGGGUUAGGGCUGGGGGUUAAUAAUCUAAUAUAUGAAGUUCAUACUGGGGGCGGGUCCAGGUUCGAACCGACUUUUAUGCCUGCCUUCGCAGCUGAAAGCAUGAUAAUUAUCAAUUUUUGUAUGAGGUUGCAUGAGAAAAUUAUCAAACAGAUUAAUUAUUUUCCGAUGCUGAAGCCGAAGGCAGAGGCAAAUAACUGAUCUGCAUGUGAGCCACCGACAAAUCACGAUAUUCUGCGAGAAUCAUGUUUAAUAAUUGUUUUAUCAUUUGUCUUAUGUUUUCCACUUUUUUUCAAGUAAGCAAGACAACUCAUCUUGUUUUCAAAAAAUUGAUGACAAUCGCAUGCUCAUACUAUUAUUUGCACGCAGGUAUUUGAAGUUAACCAAUCAAAAUUGCGACUACUGUAAAGUGAAUGAUAAUCGAAUAUUAGGCCUAUAUGACUAAAGGUCUCUUUAGUAAAACUGGAGGCUAGUUUGUAUAAUAAAUUAGGUUCGUCCCCGACUUGGUUGACAAGACAAUUUCAUUAUUUCUAUAUGAUCCUGAAACCAUUGUCAUCAGAUGAAACACAUUAAAUGCGUAAACUUUCCACAGGCUCAUUAAUACAAACAGUUUCAUCUAAUUCACCAAUAGUUCGGUCUGUUUUACUCACUUUUCCGUGAUAUGGUCUUUCCACAAGCACUUAGAGAUAUUUUCUUUCCCAGCAGCCACCGCAUGUAUAUUUGAUUUACCUAACUGACCAUUUUCGUUCUGCUGUUGUGAAACCACAAUGUAUAUUAUGUCGUAGUAUCAUAAAAAAUAGUAUUUUGGCAACUUUAAAUCUUUCGUAACCGGCCAUUAUAUUAAUACAGGAAGACUGUUCAAGUGGCGAGGAAUCCAAGUCUGAAAGUGAAGAUGACGAAGCCGAAGGUAAAUUUCCAGGGCAUACUAAUGUAGAUUUAUUAUUACCAUUAUUAUUAUUAUUAUCAGUACAGUCUUUUGCAUUUCUCUACUUAUAUCCAUUGCAAAUCUUUCUCGUUGUUAAACAAUCCUCUUAUAUAUCAUCUUUCGGUCGUUUCAUCCCGUCUCUUAAACAGCCAAUCACCGAUGUAUAACUAAUGGUAUAACUUUUACGUUAUAUCUGUCCCGUCCUUCCCGUAGAUCAAAACAGAGCUGCUGAUACUUUCUUACCUUCUCCUGUCGUUUUUCGUCUUUGUUCGAAUGAUUUGGCCAUGCCAUAUCUAUUUUCAUAAUCUCUUUCUUUUCGCUCUCCUCAAGCGUCUGAUCGGGUCUCUUUAACUGCCGUGGAACUCAUAUGCUCACCCGGUGUUCCCAAACCCAAUUUAGCUUCUUCCCGCUGUUCUCAAUCACUUUUCCUUUCCCUCAUCUCUCUGUGUACCACCUCGUUCCUUGUUACUAUAUAGUAACAAUUCAUUAUCAUUCGCCUAUUUCACCGCCAGUACUAAUUUCAACUAUUAUCAUUAUACUUCGCAAGGUUCCACAUGAAGUGUUUACCUACCUCACUCACCCCAUCAGGCAUCGGGCAAAUAAAUGAAAAAUCAGUACAUUCUAAUACCAGUCCUUCAAUACUUUUAAUGUUGUGAUGUUUCAGAUGGAAAUGAUGUUAAAUUAAUUAAUAAACAUUCAAUGGCAAAUAAAUGUUUUGACAAAACAACAAAAAAAUCUGGAGGUAAGAUUUUCACAUUUUAUCUAAUUAUUUGCGAUUGUUAAACGGAUAAAGAUAUAGUCCAACAUUUACAGCUUUUUCGGUCGUACUGACAACGUCAAUAAACAAGACAUUACAAACGAAAGAGAUUAUCGAAAAUACAUAUGCAAACGUAUUUUAUUCCUUUUCGAUACCUUGUUCGAGAAUCUUGAGAAGAAUUUUUUUUCAUCUAACAAACGUUGUUAUAUUUCCAAGGGCAUGAUUUGAUAUUUGUCGGGCAAUCACGCCCUGCAGGAAGAAUGAAGACAAUUCAUAUUUAAUUAUGAGAAAAAUUUUUUGUUCUUGUCUAGUGUACAUAAUUGCGGCGAGUGAGAAAGAUGGAAAGAGGGUCUAUGAUAAAACCAACUGUUGCUUCUUCUGCGAAAAAGAGUACAGCAAGCUGGCUCGCCAUUUUAUGCAAGUUCACAGCGACGAAGAAGAGGUGGCGAAAAUAAUAGCCCUCAAAACCAACAACGCCGCAAGGCAGCUCCAGCUGGAAAGACUUUGCCGAAUGGGUAACUUUAACAAUAAUUUAAAGGUUCUGGAGUUGCAAAAAGGCGAACUAAAGGUGGUACGAAGACCUGGCCAAAACGCGGACAAAGAUCCAAGCAAUUACUUGCCGUGCCAGUUUUGCCAUGGUUUUUUCCAGAGAAAAGACCUGUAUCGCCACAGUUCGAAGUGCCCUUUCGCUGAAGGUGCCGACCAGGCUAACAUCCGCUCCAAAAAAAUGCAGCAUGCAGGGAGGUUGCUAUUGGCGGCGAAUAAUUAUCCAACUGGUGCCAGCCAACAACUCUCUGACAACGUGUUAUCAAUAAUGGCGCUAGAUGACAUCAGCGCUGUGGUCCGAACAGAUGAAACCAUCUUAAUGGUGGGUUCAACCUUAAUUGAGAAUCGUGGAAAUGAGAAAGCAGUGGAAGUGUCACAGCAAAUGCGACUACUUGCACGGUUACUGAUAAAUGUGAGAAAGCUGUGUGGAACCCCGUCCGUGUCGCUCCGAGAGAUCUUGACGCCAGGCCAUUUUGAUCAUCUUGUUGACAGUGCGCGAUCUCUUGGGGGGUAUACUGCUGCAACAAAUGCGAGUACGGAUCGUUUCAAGGCCCCGUCAACCUCUGCAAAGUGCGGAUAUGCCUUAAAAAAAGCUGCGUUUGUGGUAAAAGGGAAAGCUCUACGAGAAAAAGAUAUGGAAAGAAAGAACAACGUGGAUCUCUUCAUGGAGCUAUAUGAGGGUGAAUGGAGUGGCAAAGUAACCAGCCAGGCGUUACAAAAUCUUUCGUUCAAAAAACAUAACAAGCCACACUAUCUUCCCAUCACAAACGAUCUGAUGAUUCUGCGAGCCUUCCUACAUGACAAUAUUUUAGCCCUCACUAACGAAGUCCGCGAAAACCCAGCAAAAGAAAAUUGGAGAAAGCUGGCAGUUUUAGCGUUGGCCAGACUGAUAAUUUUCAACAAACGUAGAGGUAUACCUAUCAUAUUUUUUGUUUGUUUUGUUGUGGAACAGUUGACGACUGAAUAG